AUGUCUCUGAAAGGUGGUUCCGUGGGCUGGACGCGCAAGAAGAAGAUCCUCGUUUUCUCGAUAAUUGGUAUUGUCGUCAUCGCGCUCGGCGUUGGCCUCGGAGUUGGACUGGGAGUUGGCCUCAACAACAAUGGAGGAGAUGAAGGCAACGAGGGAAGCGGAGGCGGAAGCGGAACUGGCACUGGCACUGGCACUGGCACAAACGGAACGACAAGCAGCAACACCACUGUCAAGUGGCAGCCCGAAGUGGGCGUCAAGUGGCAGAUUGAGCUGUUGUACCCACUGAAUGACACCUCCGUCGACGCGGACAUUUACGAUAUCGAUCUCUACGAUAACCCCAAGUCAAUAAUCUCCAAGCUCCAGGGAAUGGGUCGCAAGGUCAUUUGCUACUUCUCCGCGGGUACCUACGAGAGCUGGCGCUCUGAUGCAAAUGACUUCAAGUCCGCCGACAAGGGCAACAACUUGGAUGACUGGCCCGGCGAGAAAUGGCUCGACACCAACUCUGCCAACGUGCGCAAAAUCAUGCAGACACGUCUCGAUCUCGCCGUGACGAAGGGCUGUGAUGGCGUGGACCCGGAUAAUAUUGAUGGGUACGACAACGACAACGGACUCGAUCUUACCCAGAAUGAUGCUAUCAACUAUGUCAACUGGCUGGCAACCCAGGCUCACAGCCGCAAUCUGUCCAUCGGACUGAAGAACGGAGGAGACAUUAUCGACUCGGUUAUCGCAAACAUGCAGUGGUCUGUCAAUGAGCAGUGUGCUCAGUACAGCGAGUGCGAUACCUAUGCCGCAUUCACGGAGGCGAACAAACCCGUUUUCCAUAUCGAGUAUCCCAAAGGUGAUGAUACCGAUAAUGAUGUCGAGGUGACUACCAAACAGAGAUCAUCUGCCUGCAACGCGGCGAGUGCCGGUAAUUUCUCGACUGUCAUUAAGAACAUGAACUUGAACAAUUGGGUGGAGUAUUGCCCUUGA